AUGGCGUCAGUGCUACUGCUCGGUGUCGUUGCGGUCAUGCUGCACCUAGCGUCUAUAUCAGCGGCACAACCUGACCGCGGAUGCAGAACACAUUGCGGUGAUGUCGAGAUCCCCUACCCAUUCGGCAUCAGUAUUGGCUGUGCUAUGGGCCAAGGCUUUGAGAUCAACUGCAGCAGGUCCGUCGAUGGAAAUGACAAGCCGUUCCUUCUUGGACGGGAGAUUGUAAGCAUAUCGCUGUCCCGUGGUCAAUCCCGAGCUUUAUCAUGCAUCCCAUCAUAUUGCUACAAUCCUAGUACAAGAACAAUGGAUAGCAAAGUUUGGGAUUUUGAAUUAAGUUGGCCUUAUCGGUUCUCAAACGUGGACAACAAGUUCGUUACCAUCGGUUGCAACACAAUUGGGUACAUCUACAAGACCAACGGCAUGACGAGGGAUGCAACAGGAUGCGUAUCGGUGUGUGGGAGCCCAGAAGACCUGACAAAUGGCUCGUGCGUUGGUGUUGGCUGCUGCCAAAAUGUUGUCCCCAAGGGCUUAAUGGGCUACAACGUCUAUUUCUAUGAUGUGGAUUAUGUCAAUAAAACAAAUAGUUGGUACUUCAACCCAUGCAGCUAUGCCGGCUUGGUGGAAACAGAGGCGUUUAUCUUCAGCUCCGAUUAUGUAACAACUACAAGGUUCAAUGAUACCUACCACGGCCGCCAGCCGGUGGUGCUUGACUGGGUGAUUGGAAAUGCAACAUGUGAGGCGGCACGCAGAAACAUGUCUUCCUAUGCGUGCCGUGGCGGGAACACCGUUUGUGUGGAUUCGUCCAAUGGCCCAGGGUAUCGUUGCAACUGCUCCGUCGGAUACCAAGGGAAUCCUUACAUCUCGGGCGGAUGCACAGAUGUCAACGAAUGCCAGCGCAGUCCAAGCCCCUGCCCUGAGUCUGCAUCUUGCGAAAACAUAGCGGGAGGUUACCAUUGUUCAUGUCCUUUUGGCAGCAAUUUUUCAAAUGAAACAAACACUUGCACCAACCGGUUUAUAGGAAUUGUUAUUGGACUAAGCUCUGGUAUUGGAGUUCUGUUUCUUGCGUCAAUUUCAGUUUUGUUGGUUCAGAAGUGGAAGAGAAGUACUAAAAGGCGAGUUCGGAAAGCACACUUCAGGAAAAAUAACGGCCUUCUCUUGGAGCAAUUGAACUCAUCCGAUGAAAGUGCCGCACAUAGCAGCAAAUUAUUUUCCUUGGAUGAGUUGGAAAAGGCAACGGAUAAUUUUGACCCCACGCGCAUUCUAGGCCUCGGAGCGCAUGGUACCGUUUACAAGGGGAUUUUAUCAGAUCAACGUGUGGUGGCCAUAAAGAAGUCCAAAAUGGUCGAUCAAAUAGAGAUUGAUCAAUUCGUGAACGAGCUUGCCAUUUUGUCACAAAUCCAUCACCGAAACGUGGUAAAACUAUAUGGAUGCUGCCUUGAGUCGGAGGUGCCUUUGCUUGUGUACGAGUUCAUCUCUAGCGGCACGCUCUCUGAGCUUCUUCAUGGUGACCACAUGAGUGCUAGAAGCUUGUUAACCUGGGACGAUCGUAUCAGAAUCGCUAGCGAGGCGGCAAGCGCUAUUGCUUACCUCCAUUCCGCUGCUGCAACACCAAUUUUUCAUAGGGAUGUGAAAUCUGACAAUAUACUCUUGACGGAUAACUUCACCGCAAAGGUUGCAGACUUUGGUGCUUCAAGAUCCAUUUCCAUCGACGAAACUUGUGUGGUCACGGCAGUGCAGGGUACAUUUGGAUACUUGGAUCCUGAAUAUUACCAUACAUGCCAACUGACUGAGAAGAGCGAUGUUUACAGUUUUGGUGUGAUAAUCGCUGAGCUCCUUACGAGGAAGCAGCCAAUCUUCCUCAAUUCCAGGGGUGAAAAGCAGAACUUGUGCCACCACUUCCUUCAAAGGCUACAGGCUAACACUAUGAUGGAGAUCGUCGAUGUUCAAGUUCUCGAGGAAGGUAAUGACAGGCAGAUCAAUGAGAUGGCCGCUCUUGCGAGGGCAUGCUUGAGGCACAAAGGUGAGGAGAGGCCUACCAUGAAAGAGGUGGAGCAUAGGCUGCAGCUCCUGAGAGGCAAGAUGUCAAUGAAGAAAAACCAUGAGUUGGAGGUGGACACUGAAGCCGGGCCAUUGUAA